UGCAAAAGAAAAGAAAAAAGGUAAACUUUCCCAGUUAGAGGUCAAUUAGACGAAACUGUACUAGUUCUUCUUUAACAAAAUGAAAGAGUAGGCACAGCCGAAAAGGGCAAAUGUGCUGUCAAAUGUUGAACAGAGAAACCGGAUCUUCAAUUUGACCUAUUUUAUUGGAUUUUAAUGGAUCCCUGAGCCAAGAAAUUAAACUAAGCUUAACUCUUUCUCUUAUCUAUAUUUGGCUAACUAAACAAAUACUUAAUCAUAAGUUACUACUAAUUCACAUAACAAUAUCGACUUUCAUUACUAUCUGCCUCACCAAACCUCAACGUGCAUGCCUCUACUCUCUUAUCAUCUCUUCUUCUUAUUUAUCUAACUUCACUACCACCUCCUCGGCUUCACUAAUCCCACCUCCUUCUCACCAUCUACGUGCCAUGGCAAGUGCCUCACCAUCCCAUUCCUUGCCGGAACACACUCCCUUAUCACCCAACUCUGAGCCCUCGCCUCCAAGAUCACCACGGUCUCCUACUCGGCCUGCGAUCUCCCUCCAACAACCAACCAACAAGAAAAGCCCUUCUAAGUCUGCCAAGCUACUCCGCCGUUUUCGAGCUGUUUUCCGGUCUUUUCCUAUCAUUACGCCGACUUGCAAGAUUCCUGUAUCACUCGACGGAAGCCGCCUCCACGACGGGCACAUCCAUGGUGGGACACGCAUGACCGGGACCUUAUUUGGCCACCGUAAAGCUAGGAUAAACCUUGCCAUCCAAGAAAAUCCUAGAUCUCUUCCUAUUUUAUUGCUUGAACUCACAAUACCCACUGGAAAACUCCUCCAAGAUAUGGGAUUGGGGCUGGUGAGGAUUGCCCUGGAAUGCGAAAAGAAGCCAAGCGAGAAGACCAAGAUCGUAGAUGAAACUAUAUGGACAAUGUAUUGUAAUGGCAGAAAAUCAGGAUAUGGGCUGAAGAGAGAGCCAACAGAUGAAGAUUUGAUUGUAAUGCAAAUCUUGCAUGUGAUAUCAAUGGGGGCUGGGGUGAUACCAGACGACGAAACAGAUAAUUCAGACGGUGAACUGAUGUACAUGAGAUCAAAUUUUGAACGUGUAAUCGGAUCAAAGGAUUCAGAGACAUAUUAUAUGAUGAAUCCUGAUGUGCACAAUGGACCAGAACUAACCAUAUUCUUUGUCAGAAUCUGACAAAAGAAAGGUAAUUAACUUUAAUGUUAUGUGUUUUGUAUUUAUUGAUGUUUUUCAUGUCAAUUUUAAAACAUUGACAUUAAAAUUUUUAACUGAACUUACUUAUUUUAAACAUGCACCAUUUAUUUCAUCACGUAGAUCGAGUGAAGAUUUAUCGAGAAAGAUCAUCAGAUAUAAUUAAAUACGGGAUACAUGAGUUUAAUAAAUAAAUCCCACUAUAUAUCUCGUAUUUUAAAUUUAAAUUUAUAGU